CGGAGGUUUAAGAUUAUGUGUCCAGCUUUUGUGUGUGGUUUUUAGAGUUGGUGAUAAUGGCUUUUACGUUAAUUGCAUUCUACAUUCCUUCUUGAAACGUUUUCUGUCGAAUGUUAUCUGAGGUUAUCGACCAUUACUUGCUUCCACCUUUUGGACCAAUUCAUCUUUGUUUGAUUUUUUGAGGCGGUUCUAACGUUGAGACAAUAUAAAAACAUCGAGACACAUUCUAAAACGCAAACAGUCCGACAGCAGAUCGUCACCAUGAAGCCGCUUUUAUUCGCCCUCGCUCUGGUCACCCUCGCAACCUGCGGCCACGCCCAAACCAACUACUGCGAUCCGGUCCUGUGCCGCACCAAGGGUCCCCACAUCGCGUGCAACGGGCUGACAACCCUGGCCGCCGACUGUGGCCCCGGUGGCAUCGAGAAACCGCUGGACGCGGCCCAGCAAGCCCUGGUGCUGGACCUGCACAACCGGCUGCGCAGCAAGGUGGCCAGCGGUCAGCAGAAUUACUCCUCCAGUGCGUUCUACCCGUCGGCGGCCCGGAUGGCAACACUGCGCUGGGACAAUGAACUGGCGGCAAUCGCCGCGGCCAAUGCCCGCCGAUGCCAGUAUGGCCAUGACAAGUGUCGCAACACGCCGCAGUAUUCCAACGCAGGACAGAAUAUAGCCAACCUUGCGUUUCAGAACACCAACUAUGUCGAUUCGGACGUGAUCCGGGACUUUAUCAACGACUGGUACUCGGAAUAUGCCGUAGCCAACCCGACGUUGAUGGCUUCGUACCCGAAGGGUUACACGGGUCCCGCUAUCGGUCACUUUAGCCAGAUCGUGUCGGACCGGUGCACGGCCGUGGGUUGCGCGAUGGUUCGGUACGUGGACGGCGAUGGGUGGACCAACCAGAACCUGGUGUGCAACUAUGCCAUCACCCAGAUUACGAGCCAGCCGAUCUACGUGGCCGGUUCCGCUUGCUCGCAGUGUGCCACCGGAUGCAAUCCAAAGUACCCGGGACUGUGCAACCCGGAGGAGAAGAUCUUCCCGAAGCCGUAAAUUAAUAAUCUACAUUUAAUAUCCAUGAUUUACAUUUUUACCGUGAUUAAUAACAACAACAAGACUUUUU